CCCCGCCCGCCCGCAGACCUGGCGUUCAGCUUCGAUGCCAACAAGCAGCAGAGGCAGCUGAUCGCGGAGCUGGAGAGCAAGAACAGGGAGAUCCUGCAGGAGAUCCAGCGCCUGCGGCUGGAACACGAGCAGGCCUCUCAGCCCACGCCCGAGAAGGCGCAGCAGAACCCGACCCUGCUGGCCGAGCUGCGGCUGCUGCGGCAGAGGAAGGAUGAGCUGGAGCAGAGGAUGUCGGCGCUGCAGGAGAGCAGGAGAGAGCUGAUGGUGCAGCUGGAGGGGCUGAUGAAGCUGCUCAAAGAGGAGGAGCAGAAGCAGGCC